AAUGUCCAGCUUGCCGCUUUGUUGAGGAGUCCUGCUGGGUUUCCUGCAGAUUUUAUCAUAAGAGUUGCAAUGGAACCGAGCUGGAGUACGUUUUUAUUCCAACAGGCCAACGAGGCCCUCCAUCACCAGCAUCAAGUAGCCGCCAACAGCCUCUUGCCUUUGCUCAAUUCUGGAACGGAGCCACCUGAUCAAAAACCGGUGCUGCCCAUACCGUUGGAUCAGAAACCGCCGGUCAGCGCUGCAGAACUUCUCAAAGACAAUGUGGCCAGCGGGACCGGGGGAGGAGGUGGUGGCGGCGGCGGACCUCCACUGGCGGUGAUCAAAAAGGAACCUAAAUCAAAGACGCCCUUCAUUUGCGGCUACUGCAACAAGGCUUUCCGGGACAGCUACCACUUGCGGCGGCACGAGUCGUGCCACACCGGCAUUAAGAUGGUCUCGCGACCGAAGAAGACACAAAGCGCUCCCACCAUGGUGCCGCUCAUAGCCACGGUACCGCGCGAAAACAGCGGAAACUCUUCAUACAUAACUACUGUAGCCGGCAUCCUGACCACAGCCACCACGUCGACGGCAACGGGCACGAGCAUCAUGACUCCGAUGCAGCACCAACAGCAGCAGAGCAUCCCUAAGAAACCCUCCAAACCCGUGAAAAAGAAUCACGGAUGCGAUAUGUGCGGAAAGGCCUUCCGAGAUGUUUACCACCUCAACCGGCACAAGCUGUCGCACUCGGAUGAGAAGCCCUUCGAGUGUCCCAUCUGCCACCAGAGGUUCAAGAGGAAGGAUCGGAUGACGUAUCACGCGCGCUCCCAUGACGGCGGCGUCCACAAGCCUUACAUUUGUUCUGUAUGCGGGAAAGGAUUCUCCAGACCCGAUCACCUCAGCUGUCAUGUCAAGCAUGUCCAUUCCUCCGAGAGGCCUUUCAAGUGCCAAGUAACGGCUUGUACAUCUGCCUUCGCUACCAAAGACCGUCUCCGCUCUCACAUGAUCAGACAUGAAGGCAAAGUCACCUGUAACAUCUGUGGCAAAAUGCUCAGCGCAGCCUACAUCACAAGUCACCUCAAGACUCACGGCCAGGCCAGCUUCAGCAACCAUUGUAACAAAGGAAUAAGUGACUGGCAGUGGAACCACUCAGGGCCACGAAAAGGUGAGUUGACGGUAGGAGAGAUUUUAAAUAACUCCUUCCAAGUCCUAAUUGACAACUCUCAUAAAGAUGCCAACAACAUGCACAACAACUCGGCCGCGACGACGCCAGUGACCAACUCGGCGGCCAUCACCUCGGCUAUAAACCGAGGCGCCAACACCAGCAAUCCGGUCACCAUCGCCGCUCAGAUGAACAUCACCACCAGCACCGUCAACAUCACAAACCCGGUCAACCUGGGCCCGGUCAACCUGGCCUCGGUCAACAUCCCCACCACCGGCCACAUGAAUAUCGCCCACCCCGUGGCCAUUACCACCCCCAUGCCCAUGAAUAUCACCGGCCCGCUUAACAUUGCCAUGAGGCCCAUGGAGAGCAUGCCUUUUCUAUCCCAAGUUCUGCCAUCUUCGCCACCUUGGUAGAGAGGGUUUUUUUUUUCAUAGUAACUGCCUAAUAAUAAUAAUAAUAAUAAUAAUGUGUGUCAAAUACUAUCCAACCGUACCCCCACAUAGAUUAUCACCUGCAGAAGUCGUUGCUCAGGCGGUAGAGCGGUUCGAUCCUCCGUGGCCUGUUGAAGUACUUCUGAGCACAAAACCGCCCCCCCCCCUACUUCAAAGGCAGAAAAGCCCGUUUAUGUUGACAACCCGUCCAAGUCAUCCAAUCCUCAUCCAACCAACGAGCGCCUGCUUAAGUUGAGGUGGUCCCGGGAGCGAAUAAGUCGGAGAGGCGACCGGAAAGGAACUUGCCACUUCCCUAUCCGACCAAAAAGCAGCCAUUUAAACGAAGCACGCGUCUGUCGGUUUCCAAAACGCGAGUCGGACGAUCCGAGGGACGUCGACUUAAACGGGUUCCACUGCACACGUGCGUUCCCGUGUAGCAUUCAUCACAUUGAUGCAAAAAUAUUGAAUUUUUAAAAAGUAUUUCCUCCCAGAUCCUGAAUUUGCUUCAAGAAAACGAAAACUUCUCUAAUCCGGUGCUUCUCGACUGGGGGGGUCCAUCAUAACGCCCUAAAUUGCGGACAUUUUUCAACUCCAACUUCUAUUUAAAGACGGUUAGGCGGCUCCCAAGGCACUACAGUAAACCUCGGAUAUAUCGGAAAUUCGCUCACAACGGACAGAUAAAAAAAGAACCGAUUUUUCUGUAAUGCGUGACAAAAAAUAAAAUAAAAAAAUAAAAUAAAACCAUAUUAGGAAAGCAGGAAGUUGACAAAAAUUAAAUAAAAAUUAAAAAAUAAAAAAAAACAUAAAAAAAUAGACUUAAACUAUAUUAUGAAAGCAGGAAGUGAACAAAUAAAAGUAAAAGUACCAGAUGGAGGGGGUAGGAUUUAAUAAGCUUUAAGCUGUCAUUUCAACAUUAAACUUUGGUAUCAAGGUGGGGGGCCGCAAACUAGCGUCUCGCGGGCCGCAUUUGGCCCGCGGGCCACGAGUUUGAGACCCCUGCGUUAGAGCUUUUUUCUGUUUUCCUGGUGAGCUCAAUGACUUCUAUUUGUUUCUUACUCUGAACGUGAAGUAAUUCCGGAUCUGAAUAUCACUUUGCCAGUACUGUUGGGUGUUAAUCUGAGGUACAGUAAACCUCGGAUAUAUCGGACUCGGAUAUAUCGGAAAUUCGCUCACAACGGACAGAUAAAAAAGAAGCGAUUUUUCUGUAAUGCAUUUCCAAUAAAAAUUCAUUGCAUAUAUCGGAUUUUUUAUAACGGAUUUCGCCUAUUUCGGACAAAAUCUCCAGUCCCGUUCCAAUGCAUUUCCAUGAAAUUUCCCUGGCAUAUAUCGGAUGGCCGCAUCGUGGCGCUCCGAUUCGCCGAAUCGUGACGUCGCCGCUAUACGACGUCGUUUGCAGCGUUGCCUGCGCGUCCAGGUACAUUGGAAACAUAGUCAAGGAAGUGCCUUUUUAUAACGGAUAAAAUCCCAUUUACGCAUAUACCGGAUAUAAAUCCCAUAUAUGCGUAAAACACACAUUUUCCGGUAUACGCAUAUAACGGAUUUCGCUUAUAUCGAAAAACAAAACCAGUGGGAACAAUUGAAUCUGAUAUAUCCGAGGUUUACUGUAUUAUUAUUAUUAUUAUUAUUAUUAUUCCCCAGGAAAAAACCCGCGACCCACCAGUUGAGAACCCCUGCUGUAAUCCAUCAAAGGGACAACCUUGCGCUUAUUCAUGAUUCGUUCUGUUGACGUUCUAAUGCUCUAAUUGUCUCUUGGUUAUUUCUUUCAUUUAAGUUGAAGCAACCGUUUAUGCCAAAGAUUUUUACACAAGUAACACAGUAAGUAACACAGUAAGUAACACAGUAAGUAACAGUAAGUAACACAGUAAGUAACGCAGUUCCCUUGGAAUGAUAGAUUAAAAAAAAAUAGUGCAAACUUGACAUUGCGGUCUUAAAAGAGGCUCAAUAUUUGAUGAAUUUCAUAUUUUUUCCACGUUCAUUCCCCUGCGUUUUUCUCUCCCAUCAACGCCGAUGUUUUCGUUUUUAUCAGGCAGUUAUUAUCGGGCAUUGCCGGCGUCUCGUUUUGAGCCGCGUUACAUAAGGUGUGUCCUUUUUCACACAUCGUGAGAUUGUAAUCUAGUCGUCCGUGUGUCCGAGAAAGCGAGGCGGUGCGGUGCGUUCGAUGUCAAAAAUGUGACACCGAUUCCCGGGGUGCGUGACACAUGACACAUGCUUCCCGAUAAGAUUUUUUUUUACACUAUUUUUUUUUAGAGGACUAAUCAGUAUUUAAUAGUUGAUGCAUUUUACAGUUUAAGUGAAAAAAAAAACGACUUUCUUAGGAGGGUGGUUGUUAUAUUUUGGAUUUUGUUGAUGUUUCAGAAACUGGUAAGAUGUUCAAUCCAACUUCUCCAACCCUGGCUGGAAACUUGUCAUUGUUGGAUGCUCCACACUUUUUGUGAUUUUUUUUUUUUUUAAUUUCAAGUAUUUAUCUAAGAAGGUGACAGCAAGGAGGGAAAAAAAACAGUAUUAUGAAAUGUCAAAUAGAUUAUUGACUUGUUGUGUUUUUAACUGUAGAGAACAAUAUACAGUAUUUCCAUAGAAGGUCAUGGAUUGCUAUCAAGACCGGUCCAAAGUUGGUCGGAAUGUUUACGUGAUCCUGGUUACUGACAUUAGCGUAUUCCUUGACCUUUGUAAUAUUACAACACUUAUUUUUAUUGCCUUUCAACGACGGCAGUGCCACUGUGACGCAGGAACUAGCAUCCGCGCAAAAGAUAGCCCUUAUAUUUGUACCACAAAAAGAAAUACAACACUUGAAAGUAGUCAGUGUACAGCUGUGGAUAACUGCAGUACAGGUUUACCAUCCACUGAGAAUUUCUCUGCAUAUUAUUGCCAAAAUUAGGGGUAUAAUAUAUAUAUUGAUAGUGUAAACCUAGUAAAAACAAACUACCAAAAAACAAAAAAAAUAGUACUUGUGAAAAUAAACACAUAUAAAUCUCUCUAUUAUUGAUCUGAUUGAUCAAUAAUCAGAUCUGGAUUUGACAUUCACUGUGAAAUGCAGCCUUCCCGGGCUAUUUUUAGACACUAAUGUACUCGUUGGACAGUAAAACUAUACCGCUGUACAAGCUGUACGCUGACUAACUUCCAUCCGACGCUUCCUGAAAUGAGCGGCGUACAGUUGAUCCCCGCUUCUUCACCAGAAGAUGAUAAAAAAAAACUGCAGUAAUUAAUACACGGCACGAUGCUCCCGCUAGCCCGAUGUUCGCGUUCUCCAAUUUAGGAUCAACAUUUGCAUUAAGCCCAUCAGACAUGUAUUAAAGCCAUGCCCGGUACAAGUAAAUGUAUUUUUAUUUGGGACAAAUAUAACAACAACUGCUAAUACGAGUUCAUUUUUUUAGCAGUAUAACAUAAAAACGUAUGUUAUUUUGGUUAUUCUCAAACUAUAGAAGUUGCUACAUAUUAGCUCCUAUUAUUAUCGCUAUAUCUCUCCAUACAAAAGUACCUUUAGUUGUAUCGGGCAUUAAAAUGAAUCAGUGAACUGAAAAAACAAUGGCGGUCGAAUCGGACUGUAUUUAUAAUAUUUAAAAAUGCCGUAAUUAUACUGGUUUAUAACAUUUUUAGACUCAUUUUUGUCAUUUAUUUCAAUCAAAUGAACUGAAAAUCGAUUGCUAACUGUCGGUUAGCUAGUUACGAUUUAUUGUAUGAUCGUAGCUGUUUACGAGUUGAGAUAUUUACCUGUAAUAUUGUUUUGACAUCUCUUUAUACAAUAGAUUUAGACAUUUUUGCCUAAAAAUGUAAUGAUUUCAGGAGUUUUUCCACCAGCUGCUUAUAAUUAUCAGCCUAGUAGUUUCCAGGAAACUUGAUACAAAGGUCAAUUUCUGAUAACGUAAAUGAAGUUUCUCUACAUGAACGCAUUUAGUUCGCUUCCAAGAGAGAUUUUUUUUAGCAAUUUAUCAUUUUGACCGACUAGCAUUUAGCUUGUAGAGGGGAAAACCGUGAAUGCUGAAGAUGCGGGGAUACGCUGUACUCGCUCAUGUACUCAAUACUGCUUAUGCUGGCGACGUCGAUGAACACAACGCAUUGGAUUAAGUUUGUCACUUUUAAAAAAACAAGUAUGACUUGUGUGCGUAUGACUUGUGUGCGUAUGACUUAUGUAUGUAUGACUUAUGUAUGUAUGAUUGGUGUAUUUGGAAAAGCAAACCUAACCCUUAGAAUUGAUAUCGGACGUUUUGAGGUUCAUAGUUUUCAUGUCGAGAGAGGUUUUGUCGGAACACAUUUUUGUCGUUUUAGUGAUUUUUGAAGAAAAGGUCAGAGGUCGGAUCGCCUGGUACUUAGUCUGUGUUGUCUUCUAAUUUUGAACAAAUCACCUUUAACUGUUUGGAAUGAUGAUUAAUUUUUAUUAUUGUUUAAAUCCAUAGUGUGUAUGAUCGAGCGUAGACACGAAGGCCAAAGAGGAAUCGUUCAUUCAAGUUCAUUCUUUUGUUUUGGUUUUUUGCCGGGAAUGAGGGAUGGGUUUGUGCGUUUUUGUUCCUAGUACCCGAGGACUCGACUUGGACUUGAGUGAGUUUUGACGACUUUGGACUCGACUUGGACUUCAGUCUGUUAACUUGAAAACACUUGAGAUUUUUGAGCAAAAUGUUCAAAGUAUUCAACUUUUGUAUUUGUCCCAAAAAAAACAGCAAUUUGGAGAAAAAAACUUUUUUUUUUUUUUUUGCUAUUUUUGUAAAGUAAAAUUUUGGAAGAUGUUGUGAAUGCAAAUGAAUGUAUAUCUUUGUACAAACCGUUCAAACAGUUUUUGUUCCUAGUACCCGAGGACUCGACUUGAGUGAGUUUUGAUGACUUAGGACUCGACUUGGACUUCAGUCUGUUAACUUGAAAACACUUUUGAGCAAAAUGUUCAAAGUAUUCAACUUUUUUAUUUGUCCAAAAAAUACAAAACAAAGCAAUUUGGAGAAAUAAAGUUAAACUUUUUUUUUUUUUUUUGCUAUUUUUGUAAAGUAAAAUUUUGGAAUAUGUUGUGAAUGCAAAUGAAUGUAUAUCUUUGUACAAACCAUUCAAACCGUUUUUGUUCCUAGUACCCGAGGACUCGACUUGAGUGAGUUUUGACGACUUUGGACUCGACUUGGACUUCAGUCUGUUAACUUGAAAACACUUGAGAUUCUGAGCAAAAUGUUCAAAGUAUUCAACUUUUAUAUUUGUCCAAUUUCACGACGUUGUCGCCAUUUGGGAAACACUAACAGCGCUCAAAUUUCAAACCUAUGACUUUGCACAUGACCCCCAUCCGGCUUGGCUUAAGACUUGACUUGACUUGCAAAAGACGGACGUUGUGCCCACCUCUUUGCCGAGUGAUAGCGGUCUACCAUACUGGUCUCUCAUGAUUCUUUAGUUUUUGUUUCUUGUCAGCUUCUUUUGUCAUCCAACCUGUUAAAACACAAAAGGUCCACCAUCGAAUCCGGGUAAGAACAGUCCAGAAUUUUUAUGGUAGUUUAUUGUAACGGAGAAAGAAUGUAAAAAAAAUUUUGUAUUUGAGGAAAAUAAGUUUUUGAUUCCAAAACGAUGUUUCUUGUAGUUGGUCACCGGGUUUUGCGCACGUGAAUACCGGCCUCAAAUCGUAACGUUAGCCAGCAUUUGGUCUCACGGCGUUGAUGUCAAAAAACUCAGUUCGGAAUCGAUCAGGUGUUCAUUCUAGAAAAGGGAACCUUUUCACCCGUGCAGUUCUUGCUAGCGGUGCUGCCAACUCCUUUGGCAUCAUUCACUCUAAUGAUGCCUGGCUUGUCUUUGUGGUCUUUUAACGCUUCUGUGAUUGGGGAGGUUCCAUUUAUUUCACAUUAUGAGUUGAAUAUUAGGUGGAGUUUUUUUAUUUUUAUUGGAAAGGAAUAGAAAUAGGAUUACUUUAUGUGCCAUGUAAACACAAAGCCAGCCUGUUGGGUUCAAAGUUCUUACUGGUUGGUAGGGGAUCAGAUUUUUUUCCCCUUCCAUAAACAAUUCUGGACUGGUCAUAUGGUGAUGAGGGGAAAUACUGUAUUUGUUUCAAGGUGAGGACUUAAGUAGGCCAACAUGGCGUCCGCAUUUUUGCUGGAAACGCUCGAUUGAAAUAAUCUAAGCUGUUUUAUUUCUAAUGUUGCAUGUGGACGACCGAGCUCGUGCAUCGUAGGUUUGAGUUGAAGAACAUUUUUUUUUGUUAGAACGAUAGAGAUUUUAUGAAAAGAAAACACUAAAAAAAAAAAAAAGAAAUAAAAAUAAAAACUAGAGUAAACGAUGCAUGUGCUGUCAUACGUAUGUCCUUCUCUAGUGGCCGUAAAACGAGUGUGCCUGAAAGACUUUGCAAGACUUUUCCACUUUGAUGCUUCCUCCUCGAGAUGCGUUAUGUGAUGAAAGAUGAAAAUAUACUGUGAAGGAAUUUUUUUUUUUUUUUUUUUUUUUUAUGGCUGCAGACAUCUUACUGACAACCAAACUAUGGCAUUAGCAUUGUAUGUGUUAUGAAAUGUCUUCUGAUUGUGAGUCACAGUUUUUUAGUAACUGUGUCAUGUAGUUUUUUUUUUAUUGAUAAUAGGAAAAUACAUGAAAAAAAAAAAACAAAGCAAUUUGGAGAAAUAAAAUUAAUUUUUUUUUUUGCUAUUUUUGUGAAGUAAAAUUUUGGAAGAUGUUGUGAAUGCAAAUGAAUGUAUAUCUUUGUACAAACCGUUCAAAUCAGAGGACUUGUUAGUUAGUUAUGAUAGACACAUGCGAGAAAAAAAUAAUCUUUUUAUUAAAAAAAAAAACAACCUUUUGUAUUAGAUCAUUAACAAUGGUAAGUUUUGUAUAUAUAUGAAGGCUAGGCUUUCUGAUUAGCAGAAAGUUAAAACAUUCCUACAUUUUUUUAAAUGUAUGUUCAUGGAGAGUAACUAUGUCAACAUGCACAAUGUUUUAUGUGCCUUUUAUUUGGGUUUGUCUAAAUAAAAGAAAACAGUAAAACAUGAUUGUCAACUGGUGGUGUUCAUUUGGACGUUUUGGGUUGACGGUUGAAAUAUUCCAGUCGUUUAAAAGUCACAUGAUCGGUGUUUCUUUAUUGAUAGAGCCGUAUUUGAUUAAAUACGCUUUAUAAAUACGCUUUAUAAAUAAUUCCAUGUACUUGUAUUCAUGUUACAGGGCAGACGCAUCAAAUAUGGCGGCGACGUUGAUGUACGAUGCGGGAUCUGUCCGUGGACUCAAUGGGCCUUUCAUUCAGGAAGGAUGACACCAACAUAGCGGAUGUCACCCAGGGCUUCAAUUUAUCAACAAAGGUAAAUUUACAUCUCGAGAAAACAUCAUCACACCACAUAAUAACCUUAAAAAAAAAAACAUGAAAAAAACAAAAUGGCUGCAGCUACGAGUACCUGUGGGGAUUGGUGUUGUAUUUUUCAGUGGGGUAACUUUUGUAUUUCUGUUGUUGGAUGAGGUGUACUAAACACCCUGUUUAGUGUUUGGGUGUGUAGUUGCCACGCCUUCCUAUAUGAAAUCAUAUGUACAGUACAAAUAAUACACACUUGAUUGAAAAAAAAUGGCAAAAAAUUUGCACUUUUGGAUCAUUUUAAGCUUCUAAGUCGAGCUUCAAAAUACAAAAAGAAAAUAUAUUUUUUUGUGCAUUAAAGUGAAUUUCGACCCUAAAAGCACAAAUCUUGGCAAAAUGCAAAUUCAAUAUAAUUUACAAUCAGGUAUUCCCACUGUCACGAUCUUGUGAGUCUUGCGCAACAAUAGUUGUGCUAUGUGAGUGCCGACAAAACAAAGCAGAAACCCCCCAAAAAUGUGAGCGACCUCGAGCCUCGAGGAUGGGAUUGGACGCAGGACCGAGUGAUGACGGUCGUUACCGGUGCUGAGUGGAGUCCAGUAAAAAAAAAAAACAAAA